CGUCGUCGUGCGGUGGCGGAAAGAUGGCGGCGGCCAUAGAGUGAGCGGCGGCAGCGGGACCCAGCGCCGGGCCCGAGCGGGUGAAGAUGAAGUAGAGCUCUUACCAUGGACCAUGAUGCCCCCACAAUCAGGCCGCGUCGCAUCCAGAACCAGAAUGUCAUCCACCGCCUGGAGCGCCGCCGGAUCAGCUCGGGUAAAGCUGGCACCCACUGGCACCAAGUCCGCAUCUUCCAUCAGAAUGUCUUCCCCAACUUCACUGUGGUCAAUGUGGAGAAGCCGCCCUGCUUCUUGCGCAAGUUCUCCCCCGAUGGCCGCUACUUCAUCGCCUUCUCCUCUGACCAGACCUCUCUGGAGAUCUACGAGUAUCAAGGCUGCCAGGCGGCGGAGGACCUCCUGCAAGGCUAUGAGGGAGAGAUCCUGGCUAACGGUAACGACCAAAGAUCUGUCAACAUCCGGGGGCGGCUCUUUGAACGCUUCUUUGUCCUGCUUCAUAUCACCAACGUGGCCUCCAACGGGGAGCACUUGAACCGUGAGUGCAGCUUGUUCACCGACGACUGUCGGUACGUGAUCGUCGGCUCUGCUGCGUACCUACCUGAGGAGCCUCACCCUCCCUUCUUUGAGGUUUACCGCAACAGCGAGUCGGUGACCCCUAAUCCCCGGUCCCCCUUGGAGGAUUAUUCCUUGCAUAUCAUAGACCUCCACACAGGGAGACUCUGUGACACACGGACUUUCAAAUGUGACAAAGUCAUCCUGUCUCACAACCAGGGGCUGUACCUCUAUAAGAACAUCUUGGCUAUUCUCUCUGUGCAGCAACAGACUAUUCACGUCUUUCAAGUAACACCCGAGGGUACCUUCAUUGAUGUACGGACUAUCGGCCGCUUCUGCUACGAGGACGAUCUCCUGACUCUGUCUGCGGUGUAUCCUGAGGUGCAGCGGGACACUCAGACGGGGAUGGCCAACCCGUACAAAGAGCCCUUCAUAAACUCUUUGAAGCACAGGCUGCUGGUGUACCUGUGGAGAAGGGCCGAGCAGGACGGAAGUGCUAUAGCAAAAAGAAGGUUCUUCCAGUACUUUGAUCAGCUGAGGCAGCUCCGCAUGUGGAAGAUGCAGCUUUUGGAUGAAAACCAUCUGUUUAUCAAAUACACUAGUGAAGACGUGGUCACGCUGCGGGUGACAGAUCCUUCCCAGCCUUCGUUUUUCGUCGUGUACAACAUGGUGACCACAGAGGUCAUUGCUGUAUUUGAGAAUACAUCCGAUGAGCUGCUGGAGCUGUUUGAGAACUUCUGUGACCUCUUCAGGAAUGCCACCCUGCACAGUGAGGCGGUCCAGUUCCCCUGCUCAGCUUCCAGCAACAACUUUGCCAGGCAGAUCCAGCGCCGGUUCAAAGACACUAUCGUGAAUGCCAAGUAUGGAGGGCACACGGAGGCUGUGCGGAGGCUGCUGGGCCAGCUCCCGAUCAGUGCCCAGUCAUACAGUGGCAGCCCGUACCUCGACCUCUCCCUUUUCAGCUAUGAUGACAAGUGGGUGUCAGUCAUGGAGCGGCCCAAGACCUGCGGUGAUCACCCUAUAAGAUUUUAUGCUCGUGAUUCCGGCCUCCUGAAGUUUGAGAUCCAGGCGGGACUCCUGGGGCGACCCAUCAAUCACACAGUGCGGCGCCUGGUUGCGUUCACCUUCCACCCCUUUGAGCCCUUUGCCAUCUCAGUGCAGCGCACUAACGCAGAGUACGUGGUUAACUUCCACAUGAGGCACAGCUGCACGUAGUACGACACGUAGCUGGGGCAGCUGCUCUCCUUGGGUCUGGACCUCUGCCACAGAUGCACCAAAGCCAGACGCUCGCGCCUUCUAGGAAACCAAACCGUCACUCAUGUCAAGAAACUGGACCUGGGAGCUCCUAUCAGCCAGCAUCUCGCAGGGCCCUCAGCUGUGAAAAGCCAAUCCACUCAAGUUAAGGCAUGUGAAUGUUUCUUCUGACCCUGUUUGUACUGCGGAGGUCCCGCUGCAUUAAGCACUGCUGUUCUCUACUCCUGUUGAACAAAAUGUAGCUGAGGUUCCUUUCCUAGUUUCCCAGAGGCAUGUCUGUUUUCUCUCCUGUUGUAGGUCUUAGGAUGGCAAAGAUGGAGGUUUGCAACACAUCUGUGGAGUGCUUCCUUCUGCAGUGGUGCUCUCCUACCUUGUUGAGACAAGCAGCCUGUCGUAGUGUGAAUGGAUGGGAGCCAUGGGGAGGGCUUAGAAAUACAGCUACCUGUGUUUGUAUCUUCAGUAUUACUAGGGAAAUGAAAUCCUGUUCUCAUCCACACAAUCUACUCACGUGAUUUUAAUAUGCAAGAGGCCAGGAAAAAAAGGUGUGAGAAAUCACUGCAAUUGAGAGACAUGAGGUGUGUUCCUGACUUUUAUGCAAGUCACUUAAUCUUUGUGCCUUAGUAUCUGUAAAAGCUCCUAAGUGAAAGGUGGUGUGUUAAUACCAGAAAGCCAAGGCAGCUGGUUGUGUCUCUAAUGCAUGAGGAGGUGGUCACAGAAGAAGACGGGUGGCUGGGAAGGGUGUGGGGAGCAACAGCAGCUCAUUGCUCACGUCAGAAGCACUUUUCUGCAGCAUGGGGGUGGAUCCUCAUGGCCAUCUGCAGGUUCUGCUGCUGAGGGGAAGGGAGACCCAGCUGCUGGCACCCUCCUGUGUGUUGGGAAUAUGAGUGUGGAGAGUUAGUAGCAUUUGGGUUUGCCUAGAAAGGAGGGAGGAGACCUGAAUUAAUGUGCAUUGCUGCAGGUUUGCAGUUAGGAGACGAGCUUGUUGACUUAGGUUGCUUACCUAUCCAUGUUUGAUAUGCUGUUCUCUGUGAGAACCUGAUUUGCUGUUCCCAGGCUUCAAAGCACAGCUGGCUGGUGUGUCGAUGCUGACUGGACCACUGCGGUGUUUAUGCUGCUGAUAAAAUAAGCUCCUGUGUGUAAUAUUACCUGCCACAGUGGGCUGGUGAGGAUGCUGGCCUGCCCUUCUCUCUUAAAAAUGGAGUUUUUGGUUGUAGGCCGACAUUUGGGUUUUUCUACACACAGGUUGGUUUAUGACUGUGUGCUGCCAGGCAGUGCAACCGUCCCAGCAUUGUGAGGUGCUCCGUCGGAAGCUGGAGCCUGCUGUUGUCCCAUUCCUAUAGGAGGUACAGAGGGGGCAUUAGAAAAUUGGUGCUCAUAUAUGGGAGACCCUCUGCUUUAAAGGACCCUGUGGGUGUCUUGUUUGGACCAAAAUGAGCUGUGGGUGAUGUGUUGUGGCCACACGCCUGUGAAGAACAGUGUUGAAGUCAUGCAUUCAUUUUGCAUGGUAAUGCAUAGGAAAAUAACUGUGUGGGUUGUUGGUGCCUGCUUAUAGCAUGAAUAGUGGACCUUGUAAUGAAGAGUGCCCUGGGGUCCUUGAAUCAGCCUUUACUCUCUGUCUCAUGGUACUUCUCCUGGCCUUGCUAAACAUAUUUCUAGGGUAAGACAUUGUAUUUCACCGCUCUUUUCCUGGUGUUUGCACUGUUGGUUUCUCAGGUCUGUCAGGAGUGACUUCAGGUCAGAAGACUGCUAACAGAGGAGGUGUCAGGCCAUGCGUGCUUUAGUUCCAGGUUCCUCUCCAUCUAAUAACACUAUUUGUCAAGGUUUUAGGUUUUUAUCCUGUGAUCUGUUCCUCAAACAUUCAAUUAAAGCUCCAAGUGGAGAAUCAUUUGCACAUGGUAGAUCAUGGAUUUACCUCCUUCUGCACCACUCUCACAUUUGUUCACACUUCCCGUAUGAGACUUUUUUUUUCUUUGCCAAAGCUCUCAGCAGCUCCAUCCAAGACUGGGUUUACUCCUUGGCAUCACAGCCUUGGGAGGUCAGUGCUUAGUAAAAUAGCUGUCAGAUCUCCAUUUAGACUUUUUUGGUAGCAAAAAUAUAAACCACUUCAGCAUUUCUGCAGUCGGGGCUUUUGCCAAAUUCAGGCUGUCCUGUGUGAAGCAGAGCGCGUGGCACGUAUUGUUGGACUUGGGGCUGAGAGACCAGAGAUCUGUUCUUAGCUCUGCUAUUAAAUUGUUCUGUGUCUGGGGGCAAAUCUCUUCCUGUUCCAGCUGGUGUUUCCUUCUCUGUAAAUGAGGCCAAAAACAUAUUUUCAACUUUUGUAAACCACUUUGAGAUUCAUGGAUAAAAUAUGCUGGAUAAGUGCUAAGUAUUUUCCUAUUAUGUUUGCAGACAAACUGAUUGAUCAUUCUGGGUACUAAUUGCCUUGGAGUAGCAUAGCAGAUUCUCUGGUCUUAGCUGCUGCAUUUUAUAUCUACAACAGAGUUAAUUUUAUUACAGAAAUGUGUUGAAAGAAAAGUCUCUCAUGCUUGAAAUUUUGAUUCUUUCAUUUAAGAAACAAAAAAUGUGUGUAUGGUGGGGAGGGUGGGAGGAAAGGGGAGAUAUUUUGUACCUGAUAUUUUUCCUAGGCU